AUGCUUCCACUCAAUAGAGCAUUCCAUGGCAGAAACCUGCGACUACUUGAAAGUAUCAUCCGCCCCAGCCUGGCCCUUCAAUUUUCGCCGUAUAAUCCGCCAGCGGCGGUCCUAGGCGGCCCAGUAUGGCAAUAUCAGGCAGUGCAGCGCAGGGGCGCAAAAACAACGACUAGGAAGAGCUUGAAAGAGCUACAACAAGGAGCCUUACAGGGAGGGCCUCUCCCUGAACUCGCCGUCGAUGAAGAGCCUCAAUAUCCGACGGUGCUGCAGGGGGCCAAGCAGAACAUGGCCAAGUUUGACAACUGUGUCUUACUCACAAGAGUUGGCAAUUUCUACGAACUGUAUUUCGAGCAGGCCGAGGAGUAUGGGCCUCUUCUCAGUCUCAAAGUGGGACACAAGCAGACCAAGUUGGGCCCCGUUCCCAUGGCUGGCUUUCCUUUCUUCCAACUGGACCGCUUCUUGAAAACACUUGUGCAAGAUCUCAACAGAUAUGUUGCCAUCUGCGAUGAAUUCCUCAUCAACGUCUCUGGCAAGGUGAAGUCCGGAGGCCUAAAGCACGACCGUCGGGUGACGAGAGUGGUAACGCCAGGCACACUUAUUGAUGAAAAGUUCCUUGACCCUUACGAGAAUAACUUUCUUUUGUCGUUGCAGCCGGAGAAGCCCUUGCUGGCGAAUAGUAGCCCUGACGGACUGAAGCCACCGGAGCAGAAAAUCGGGCUUGCCUGGCUGGACCUGUCAACUGGUGAUUUUCUCACACAAGCCGUCUCGCGCAGCUCUUUGCCCUCGGCCAUAACGCGGAUCGCCCCUAGGGAGAUAAUCCUUCCGGUGGAUGUCUCUGCAGACAUCAAGGAGGAAGUCCAAGAAAUCGUGGGACAUGACCACCGCCUUCUUACUCUGCAUCAGGAGUCCAGCGCCUUCUCGUCUAUGACCGAUUGGAGCGCUAUGCUCGAGACCCCUGUGAGCGAAGACACACAUCAAGAAUUUAGUAUCGCAGAAAAGCAUGCAGGCCAUCGUCUGCUCGAUUAUGUCCGACAACGUUUGCAAGGACUUGAGCUGCGUUUACAACCGCCCCGGCAGCGAGACCUCCAACAAAUCCUAAGCAUUGACCGCAGUAGUCUGAGAGGGCUUGAGAUCCUGGAAACAGCCCGCGACGGACUGGGAAGAGGUAGCUUGUUCCACGCAGUCAAGCGCACCGUGACCAAAAGUGGUUCCCGCUUGCUCCGCGAUCGUCUCACCUCGCCUUCGGCCUCAUUGGAAGAGAUCAAUGACCGCCUUGAGCUUGUGUCGACAUUCCUCGGGUCUGACGAGCUGACUGACUCGCUGAUAUUUCGCUUGAAGAGAACAUUCGAUGUCCAGCGAAUAGUGCAAAAGUUCGCGCUCAACAAGGGCGACGCCGAUGAUAUGCUAUCGUUGGCCAGCGCCGUAUCAGAAACCAUUGCUACUCGUGAGCUUCUCCAGUCCGCCAUGGCCGUAUCAAAUGACGUUGCAAGCAAUGAGAUUGCAGCUGGCAGAUACUCGGACCAUCCGCUUCAGAGGCUUCUGAAUCGGUUUGAUCUGGAUGGUCCCAGUCGCCUCCAGGCUCGCAUAGCAUCCGCCAUUGAUGAGGAAGGACUCAUGCAGAAACAUCGUCUUGAAGAGGACGAAGCGGCGAGCGUGGCUGCCCUGGCGCAUGAUGUAGUUCUCCAAAGUGCACCAGAGGAGCUGGAAUCCCUGCCCAAAUCCGUGCGGUCUAAGAGCAGGUCUGAUGGACAGAAGAAAGAUGAGAUCGAGUUGACAGAACCGUGGAUCAUGCGCCGCGAUGCCAGUGACACGCUGAAGAGACUGCAUGAUGAUCUGAAUAAUCUGGAGACUGAAAAGGUCGCCCUGGCGGAGACGUUGCGGAGAGAGCUGAAGGCUCCGACACUGAUGCUCAAGUCGACGCCAGGGCUGGGAUACAUCUGUCACAUCCGAAGCGCGACCGGCUUCAACAAAGACAAGCUCGAGUCGUUACAUGCAAAAAUGGUUUCGUCGUCUAAAAGUACUCGAUCGUUUUAUCUGAAUGAUUGGACGAGGCUGGGACGGAAAAUAGAUCAGGCGAUACUCAAUAUCAGGGAGGAAGAGAAAAGAAUCUUUGCGUCGUUGAGAGAACUUGUUAUUCAGAAUCUGGUCAAGCUACGCCGAAACGCAUCAAUCAUGGACGAGCUGGAUGUCGCCAGUGCUUUUGCCACGCUGGCCAAAGAGCAAUCGUGGGUUCGCCCAAUUCUCAACAACGGCACGGAGCACAAGAUCAUUGGGGGAAGACAUCCUAUGGUGAAACUCGGUCUGGAGGAACAAGGCCGGUCUUUUGUCAGCAAUAAUCUUGUGCUCGACCACAGCGAGCGGGUAUGGUUAGUGACUGGGCCUAAUAUGGGCGGCAAAAGUACGUUUCUCAGGCAGAACGCGUUGAUCACGAUCCUUGCACAGACUGGGUCAUAUGUGCCUGCGACGUAUGCCGAGCUCGGGAUUGUGGACCAGCUCUUCAGUCGCAUCGGUGCUGCCGACGACCUGUUUCGCGACCAGUCCACGUUCAUGGUGGAGAUGCUGGAGACUGCUGCGAUUCUGAAGCACGCCACUCCACGGUCCUUUGUGAUCAUGGAUGAGGUAGGACGUGGCACGACUCCCGAGGAUGGGACGGCUGUGGGCUAUGCUAGUCUACACCACCUGUACCACGUCAACAAGUGCCGGACUUUGUUUGCAACACAUUUCCACGCUUUGGCAGACAUGACCCGGGACUGGCCACGGUUAGCGUGCUAUUGCACUGAUGUAUUGGAAGACGAAAGUGGUUCUUUUGCAUUCAUGCAUCGCCUGAAGAAGGGGAUCAACCGGCAAUCACACGCUUUGAAGGUAGCCAAACUCGCGGGCUUGCCCCCGGCGGCACUGAAAGUGGCGGAGCAGGUCCUGCAACAGAUUUCAAAUGAGAAGACUGAUGUAUUGAUACAUGCUGCCGGAGCAGCUGACCGCCCUGCAGUGCCUGCAGCGGAAUGA